ACAUUGUAAGCUAGCUCCGGCGUUGAUGCGGGCCGCCCGUUUAGGCUCUAUGCGUCGACGGGUGUUCGUUGAAUGGUCGUGUGAAGCAAAGUCGUUAGCAGAGCUGCAAGUGAACAAUACGUGUGCAAAGUAGACGUUGUGAUAAGUAGAAGAAAUUUUGAAACCAACGCGUGGGUCACCGUGAGCCGAGUGUGCCGCUCUUGAAUUGAAAAUCUGAUUCGGCACGAAGGACUGUCACGAUAGUAUGGCCGAAACUAUACUUGAUACAUCUACACUUAAGAAGACCGUGGAUGAAAGCGUGAAGUUUGGACAACGGAUUUUGGGUUGAAAGUGCCAGCAGACGAGCGACAGUGAAAUUAACUGCCUCAUUAGUGCGCGAUACUGACCUUCAUUUAUUGUGCUUGGAUGAGCAAGAAACCACCACAACUGUCUCGUCUUUUAUUGUUGAUCAAGUGCGGCUUUUUAUGAUGAUUUCUACUUGUGAUUUCAGCAGAAACGCUAGAAGUGCACAAGCAUAAGAAAAAGCUAUUUACUCUGUGUUGUCUCGACUUACUGGAAACAUCUCGCCCCUGAGCGCAGACGACCGGAGCCGGCGGUGGCAGACGCAGGACGGUCACCGCGCCAGUUCCGGAAGGCGUUGUUCUCAACUUCCGGCGAGGCGCGCGCAUCCGGAGGCCGACUGCUGCGAGCGGCAUCUGCACCGGCGGCUGCAGAACCGACAGCCGAGAGCAGGUCUGGAGCUUUUUUUUUUGCCACGUCGUCUGGAAGGGUUCGCCCGCUUGGAGCACCGCAACAACCCAUAGACAGAUGAGAGACCGACGAGGAAUCUAACGACCGACCUCUGGCGCUGCUAGAACGAGGUAUCCCCUGCCACAGCUGCCGCUGCCGCCACCGCCGCCAUGUUGGUUCCCCGGCGCUGUGAAUUCCUGCUCGGAGUAAUUGUACUAGCGGCUGUCGUCCUCUCCGAAGCUGCACCAUCGGGAGACAAGGGCUCAAAGGCACCGGCUAACAAUGAAGGCACUACACCGAACACGGCUCUGAUAGUUACUACCAAAGCUCCGCCAGGGACCAGUGGUGAAGGCAACGUCACAACGACCAACGAAACACUGCAAGCAGCGCACAAUCACACUACUCCGCUGCCUAUUCAAACUAACGCCACGAUACACUCCAACGUUUCCAACGUGACGAGCCACGAAGGAGACGCCGUGCUUCAUUAUGGCGUGGGCUCUGAUGGCGAAGUCGUGAAGACGCCACAGCCUCACAAGUACUUCUUCACUUCUUGGAUAACAUGGCGGGAGGACAACUACCUGAUGAGCAUUCUCAUCCCAAUCGCGUGCGGAGUGGCGGCCGCCGUGCUCAUCCUGUGCUCGCUGGCCUGCAUCGGCUGCUGUCGCCGACGGUGUCGGUCGCGCAACCGCCGCAAGCUGCACCGCAAAAUAGACCCGAAAACUUUUCGGAAAAUGAAGGCGGCAGACAGAAUCAAGCUCCUAGCUGCAAGUUCGGACGAAGAGUUUUGAUCCGGGACCUGAUGUUUUGCUCUCCACUAGGGAAAUGUGACUCUGGCAACGCAAAGAUGGGCAAUGGAGUCUGAUACGUGACCGGGGCUCCACUUUGCUGGACUGAUGCAUUGAACAUUUCAUCAUACCUUAUCACCCUUUGAUAAUUUGCAACACUGCGAUAUUGUAAAGGCACGCUCUUCCCAGUGACGAGCAUCUUUAACAACCUCAUUUUUAGCUCACACAAAUGAAAGAAACUAAGCUAAUAUCGACGAAAACGCAAUAUACUACUAAUGAGAGCAGAACUUACAACUUUCGAAUUUGAAGGUUCCUGCCUCAGUGACAAGCGCCUUUAAGCGUUUCAUUCCACUCUAAAAAGUGGCAGUUCAGAGCUGUGAUAUCUAUCCGGUGUUCGGCUUUCUUACGCCACUAGGAACUGGUAAAAAAAAAUUUAGCACUACUGUGUCAGUGAGGCAGUUUCAUUCAUUUCGUCAUAGUGCUUGUGAAAGCCGUGAGUCAUAAUUUCAGCACGUUUUCAGCUGAAUACUGUGCAACCUGUGAACAUUGCUGAGACGUUUAAGCGGUAGCUGCUAUUUUUUAGCGCGGCUAAAGAAAUCUUUCACUGAACCUCAAUUAUCGCACAGAAGUUGUAAUACAAAGAAGGAUGCGAUUUUGAUUCGAAUGAGAAUGGGACUUUUUAGUAAGUGGAGGCGAAAAGUCGUUGGGAACUUCAUGGUGCUCAUAGCUGUUAACAUUUCUUAUUACUAUGUCUGUUAAUGGUUUUGGAGACGCUCGCAGUAAGGCGUGGUAAUUAUUACCAAGGACUCCUUCAUGCCUACGUGCAGGGCGAUUUCUGAAACAGCCAACGCUUACGUUGGUAAUUCAGGGGAAAAUCUCAUAGUGUGUCAUACGUUGCAGUCAGCAUUUAUUGAAUAAGUCUGUCAGCAAACAAUAACUGAAAAGGAGUUGGUGUCUGUCAAUUCGCACGACGCGUUCUUGGUGCUUCAAAUACUUCUUGCCAAGAGUCAGCGUGUAAGAAUACGCUAAAAGCUUCAGAUAAAACCGGAGCCUAUUGUGUACUGGCGAUUGAGUGUUCACGUGAGUCUUACGUGCAAGUUUAAACACCUUUUGUGCACAAUGUCCCCUGCAGUACAAGCUUUUACUCUUCACAAACCACUUCAGCUGUUCCCACCGUGAGAACAUGUUACUGCACAUACACUACGCGCUGUACAGCCUGGAUACUUCCUUAUGACGCUACGCCCAGCGGUCAUCUGCAAUACAUCAGGCCAAUGGUGCCGAGAGAACGGAGCUGCGCAUGCGCUACAUUAAUUUACAUUGAGGAAAUGUUUGUUUCUUGCGUGGUUACACGACGUACAUUGUAAGCUUCAGCCACCACGACAAACACUUGUAUAUGAAAUCUAGAGGCAUAGUGUCGCAAGAUAAAUGCCGGCGUUACAGUGUAUUUUGAAGCACGAACGUAUGUUAUAUGAGAUUCUUUCAAGCUUUCGGAAGCAUCGCGUGGAUUCCGUAGACGUCGUUAUACCGAUGAAAAGUUCGGCCCGACGUUGCUCAGGUUAAACUUUUUCUUGUGUGCGGAAGGUUAGCGCUGGAAUUACGACACGUGGAUGAACGUACCAGGCAAUCCAGCUCUUCGCACCCAUUCACUUCCCCGUGUAAUUUAUAUAACCAAAAACGCGAGCAUAUAACUGGACUGAAGAACUUCAGCGAAAUGAAUCAGUAAGGAGCAAGGUCGCCUCUUUGGCCACCAGCGUGUCCAUGGCCCUUCUAGCUUUGGUACUGAUACUUGCAUUGUCUACGAAACUAACUCUGCAUUCAUGACAUUCUGCAUAUUUUCUACCUGGCAGCGUAUUUUGAUCCAGAGAAACUCUGAAAAACAUCCACAAUCAUAAAGCUAGUGUGAUGUAUCAAUUUACUUCGCCUGCUUCGGGUGUUAAUAGGUCUGUUCGCAAAUAUGCACAGAAGUUGCAAAGCUGCUGUAUAUAGCUUUCAUUUUUUUUAAUGUACACCUUGAAAUGUAGCCUUACAUACCGUAUCUAGCAGUCAGAAAGAGCUCAUGGCAAGAGUUUUUUUUUUUCGAUUCACAAGAAUUUUUUGUAUAACUGCCUGCUUUUGUAGCUAUUUUUUUCCCAUAACCCUUCGGACAUCCUGUGUUGGCUGCUGUAAUCGUCACUGCUCUGUUCAUUGCAGUGGCAUCAGCAAAAUGCUCAACAUCUGGGCAAACUUCAAGUUGCACGUGAAGUGUCGGUUAAAAAACAACAACACAUAUAAGACACGUUGCACAUACUGCACUGCAUACUGGUGGGCAGGCAGGUAAUUUUCAGAAGCAGUAAUUGCGCCUCUUCAGCUUUUAUGUGACUGCAUGCUUCCAGCGAUGAGAGUAGUCACGGUUGCCCAUAACACUAUUUUUCUUCCGAUUUGAACCUGGACUUCUUUUAGGUUGAUUUCGGUCAAUUGUUAAGAUCACCCCUCCCGGCAGCGUUUUUCCAUGUAUAGUGUUUUUCAUAUCUUACUUGUAUUCAUGUUGGUGUGGCUAGAAUCUUGCCUGAUGUCGUUCCCUUGCCGUAGUAAUAUGCUUAAGUGCAAACUAUGCCUACGUUUUCGUCUUUCUUUCUUUCCGUGUAAAAGGAUAUCGACCAUCUCUCACAGUUAUGUAAAAUAUUUCAAAAUUUCACUUAACACCUCUCCCAGUGAUAGAGGUGGGAAAUGCGGAUGAGACUUUCUAGUCAAACUUUUCCUGCACUCAGCAUACUGAGACACUCCUUCGCGUGACCGUUUCGUUACACAUUUAGUCGCUACCUUCCUCUAGUUUCGGUGCUUGUGAACUUUUUUGAGUGGAUGCCUAGUUAUAUUUCUUGUUGCUUUUUUUUCUGUAUAUACUGUGGCUCACCCAUGUACACUACGGUGAAGAUCCGAGAGUCGUGGCUUGGCUGAUUGCGAUGUGUACAGCUCUUUUCUGUGCGUACGUUCUUAAACUAAAUAAAGCGUCCAUUUGAUGAAAAGA